CUAACACUCUUCAGUCGUAUUUCGAUCGCGAAUAGUGGAUGUUUGCUAGCUGAAACCGGGUCUAUCGACGUUUAAUAUUUGUGUCUCGUGCAACGUUCUGCAUGGUGUAUUUGUAUUUCUGUGGACUUCUGCUGGGUGUCAUAGCGGUGAUAAGAGCCGGUUGUGUUGUCGUGUCUCUUUGGAGGAGCUGUUGAAUGGGACGGAAGAUCUUGGACACGACUGAUCGUGGCUAUGUAAGAUCUUGACAUUAAUUGUGCAACCGGAGUAGCAGGUGACUUCAAUAUCCGUUGGUUUGAUCUAGUGAAGUUCAUGUUGAUAAUGUUCAGAAGAUAUUAGCGGUAUCAACAUUUAUGGGUAGAUUGAAGCCAAUAGUCGUGAAGAAGUGAUAGUGCAUUCUUGUUUACUCUUGAUGGUAGUGCAUAUGACCUGUCUAUGAUGUUUGAUGUGCAUUAGCUAGUGUAUCAUAGUUCCCUGCAGUCAGAGUGAUUGUCAAUGCUGGUUGAGUAUUUUUGGUGGCGUUUCGAAAGGCAAACCUGGCUGCGGUGAGACAUUUCACCAAUUAAGAUUCAAUUGAGCAAGCCGCGAGCAGUGUGUAUGUAAUAAAAGUUUUUGCAACACUCCUCCGAGCCAAACAGCAGCAGACGUGUAAAUCGUACUAAUUUGGUUAUUGUUUUUGUAUAGCCGUUGGGGUAGCCGAAAUCGUCGACUGCGGACUUCAUCGGGCCGCGAAGUGAUGUGCGGUGUCCAGCUGUGUGGAUAUAUGUAGUUGGGAUUUAAGCCGAAGGCACUUCCAUGACAAAUACAAAUUUUGAAGCAAAUUGAAAUUGGUGCGCGGUUGUGACCUAUAUUGUGUGACGACAGAAGACGGCCAGUGCGUUUUAAAAUAAGAAAAAAGAAGCGACGACACGCCUUAAAGGAGCAAAACCGAGCAAGAAAAAAAAAUCAUACCCGGAGAGGAAGAAAACAAAAAUAAAUUUCAAAAUUCAAAAAGUGAUGAUCGGUGCCCAAGGGAAUAACAAUAACCAAUAAAAGCGGCGGUGGUGGCGAAGAUUGACCGCGGAGACUAAAAAGCCGGAGAAAAGCGUUGGAUCUUCGGGGGUAAAAAGCGGCAGGCAAAAAGGAAGUGCCGUAUACCCCACCUUCUACGGACCGGGACGGGGGUCGUCGAGAACUGCUAUAUCAUCCUUAAGUCAGCCUUCUUGUGGUGUGCUAGCUGCCGUGCAGUAGUGCAUCAACGGUUCUCAAGAUCGGAUCGAAGUUGCUCCAAAACGCAAAAAAGUUCUACGCAAGUCAUCCGGUUUCAGAGCUUUCCGCAAAAAGACCCAGAUCUGGCCGGUGUAACUCCGGUUCACAACAGCAAAUCUUUGGCGGAACACGAUCAAGUGUGAUUACGUUUCGAGCAUUUCGCUGGUCACUUUCGAUUUUAUCCGCUCCGACGAAAGGUUACCACCCAGAUCGUGACAGUGAAAGAGGAAGAAAUUGUUGGUGGGACUCGUGGCCUGCGGCGGUCUGUUUUCAUCUGUGCGAUCAACGUCCAAGAGUUAGCCCAAGUGAAAGAGAGAGUGGAAUCAAUUUAAUGAGUGAAGCCACAGUGAGAGAAAGCAAAAGUGUCUAACCUUGAAAAUGAUAUCUGGUGACCUGACAGUGUCUGAAGCGGAAUAGGAUACGGCACUGUUGAAUACAGGGGAAAGGGCAUGUCCUGAAGGGAAGUGACUUGAUCAACGAUGCGAACAACUUGUAAAAAUUGCGACACGACUAAGAAGAGUGAAAAGAUUGUUGAGCAAUCGGUGUGAAGGCAUUCAAUUACUGUGAAACAGGCGGAAACAUACCAAAUUUUUGCAACGAAGCUAUGUUGAAGUGCCAACUAGGUGCUGGUCUCUGAAAGAUCUUCAUCUGUAUGCUAAACCCACAGCUGUGUCCAGAGAAGAUUGAUAAAUACCGUGUGAUUAGUGCGAUUUCUGAACGGUGGUAAAGUUACAUUCAGGAAGCGAUUCUAUCCGGACACUGGCCCAGCAGGGUACUAUUCGAACAGACGCGACUGGUGUAGCUCGAGGGGCCUUCUUCUGGAAGCUGACGCAAGGAAACGAUUAUAAAAGCACACAGAGACUAAAAAUGCUUUGAAACAAGAUGGUCGUCGUUGACUGACUUGCGAGUGGCAGUAAACAUGAAAGAUUGCCUGCUGGAAAUGCAGUGAGUCCUAUUCCGACCGGAACAAUGAAAAAACGAGCUAAAUUAACAAUGUCCUCACUGGCGCUUACCCUGAUGUGCUGCUGUACCUGUAUGUUGGCUUUGGCGAAUGGUCUACCAAUCACGUCGAAACCGCUGGACAACAGUCCGGACCAUUUGACGUGGGAUGUUGGCAUAGGAGGCAAAGCGAAGAAAAAAUCCGACCGAUCUAUCUUCAUCGCACCUCAAAUAGUUGGAUUCAACAAUUCUCUGUGCCCACCAAAUAGCAAACUGGAUUAUGACGGAAAAUGCAUUCAAGUAGUUCAUAUCAACCCGGCAGAUAUUCUAGUGACCAAACUACAGAGUAUACUGGGAAAUGGAGGUGGAUCACCGAAUACCGACGUGGAUACCGAUUACGACUAUUACGAUUCAUCGGGGCCGUUCCAAGUGAAUCUGCCUUUGAGUAUAGAUUUGCCAGUGGAACAGCCUGUUCAACAGCUUGCUCCGGAAGAAACAUUCUAUGAUGGCUCUGUUAUAGAAGUGUCCAGUUUGAAGCAAACAUCUACAGCAAAGCCACAUUCUACAUUUCUCACAGAAUCAAGUCGAGACCCGAUGGAUCAAACCGCGGCAGAAAGUCAUACCGAUAUUUCAUUUCUUGCUUUCGAAAGCUUACCAAACGGAACGCUAUCGAGUCGCGUCGAAAUGGACAGUAAAAAUGGGACAUUUGUUCAGAAAAUUGUACUUUCCUCUACACCUGCUGUACCAACUAUCACAACAGCCGAUACUACUGAUGCAGAAACUGUUGAGUUAUCUAGCACUAGCACUGUGGCAAGUAGUGUCUCUGAUGUUACCUCUACACUUAGUAGCACUACUGUAGAGGAAUUCAGCAGCUCCACUACAGAGAGUCCCACUUCAGCACCCGUUACAACUACAGUGGUUCCAACAGAGCAAUAUCUAACAAGUGAAAGUUUUAUUGCUACCACCACUCAAGCUAGUUUCAAUGAUUCGCCAAAUGAAGACAUCGAGAAUUUCAAAGCAGAGCUAGCUGAAGAAUCUUUCAUGCUGGAACCAUCGGCUUCAACAACUACUGAUCUGCCAUCAACUGACAUGUCUGAUUUUGAGGUCGAUGUGGAUAGAACAUCAACUGAAAGUUCCGAGGGUCCGACAGAUAGCAUAAAUACGACAAAGUCAACGACACUUGCCAUCCCACGCUUCACAACGAGGAGAACUUUUGUGUCUCAAAAGCCCCUUCAAAUUGUAACACCGGUGAAGACAAAAUGGUACAGCCCACCAGGUGUAACCCCUCCGCCAUUCAUCGUGGCCAGUUAUACCCAGCAAGAACGCACAACCAGAGCUACCCCCGAGACUACCACAAUUGCAUUGGAACGCUCAACUGACGCUCCGCUUGUGAUCAUCAACGAUACCGAAAAUGAUAAGAAAAAUCGAGACAACAUUCAUCGGCAAGAAAUGAAAGAUACCCUUCGAGAGUCAAUGGAUACAAACAACCGAUUUGUGUAUCAUCAUUUGCCAGCAUCGCAUGCUCCAUCAACAACUCCUUCUACUUCAACAACAACACAAGACCACAACUAUGUCGAUCAACUAAAAAUGAUCAAUGACAUUGUUGCUGAGAAUAAACAACGACAUCAGCAGACAGCCAACAGCAAUUCUAGGAUUCGUUUCCCUUCGCAAGACGAAGAUCAUAUGGUUUCUGCUUCUAGCAGCAAUGGAAUAGUUCGUUUCCCUGGAUCAGUCUCUAAUCGAGUCACUCAGCAUGCCAAUCGAAUUCCCGAUAUUUUCCCAAAGAAAUCACCAGACAGUACAACUCAGCGACCACCGUUCUGGUGGCUUCCCUCCGGCUGGGAAGUAGAUCAGACCGGUCAAAAGCCUAUGUUGUUACGGUUCUGGUCAAGGAUGCCACUUGUGCGAGAUCAAUCAUUGACCACUACAAGCCUCAGCACCAAUAAUAACUCUCAUAGAUGGCGACCUUCGUCAGGCAGCACGGCUUCAUCAUCGGUGUCGCCCAGGGGUAACUCCAAGAGCCCCAGCGAGAACUUUUACAAAGAGGUAUCGUCGCAGGACGUCUACAAGGUGCUGAAUGCCCAUCAGCUAAACCACAAAAGAUAAAGUCACCAGCGGUUGUCUCGGUCUCUCUCUCAGCUUUAAGUAUUAUUUAAUUGAAACGAAAAUGUGUAUAGACGAAACAAAACUAGAGGUACAACGAUUUAUGGUUCAAGGAUCCCCCACCAUACUCCCUAAAGAAACACGUACACACGCCAGGGAAAUGUGAGGAAUGCCAACUUCACCAUUUUAUAAACGAGUAUUUUAUGUUAUUUUCAUGACAAAUUGCGUUGCAACUGUGAUAUUUUACCCUUUUUGUAAUUCCCCCGAAAGGAGUAUUUUUAGCUCUUAAAAAUACCUUCCUUUGACACAAAAAUCAAAACGCCAUUUACUCACACUUUCUGCACAGAUUUUGUUUUAUCACGUAACUGAUAAAAUAUUGAAAUCGUAUGCUUCAUUCGGUGAAUCCUCACAUUUCAGCAGGUUAAACCAUUUCAAUUAGGAGGCACAUUUUAUCCUUGCUUAUUAUAGUUCAAGCGUUUCCCUUUUAUUGUACAUAUCCACUGUCCGUAUCUUUUUUAUUGUGUUGUAAAGUCAGGCGAAUAAAAGUUUUAUAAGAAAAACCUGUUAUCACAAAUGUCUACAUAAUCUGAUGUAACAAAACUCCCAUACUACCGCUCAUCAGUAUAUUCGAAAAUAAAUCAAAAACGUUAAUGAAACGUGCAGAAAAAUACCUACAUGUAUGUAUGUGCCAAAAAGUAAAAAAUCAAUGUUUUAUGAAGCGCUAAAAGAAAUCAUCACUGUUAUUUAUAUAAGAUUGCGUGUUUUGCAUGUUUUUAUCAUAUAAAAAUAAUGCAAUAGCAGUCCAAAAAAAUUUCGAACACACACACAACCAUACUUGAUGAACGAACGGAUAACGCUAUCUGUAAAUAUACUUAAGGAAUGCGAAUCUCCUGCGAGCAGAUCUAACUGGCAUUAGUAUUCACAGGAUUAUGAAUGUUUUAGUGUGUAUAUUGUUAAUCACCGAACACAAACAAAACAACAAAUAUUUAAUUUAACUUGAUUAGUGUUUAGAAGGUAUUACUCGAGCACAAAUGUUCACUGUAAAGGCGAAUGAAAAGAUACAUGCAAAAAUAUCUGUCAAGUGUCAGCACGCAUGGUGCCAAAGCGAAAUCAACAUAAGCAGCGAACACACAAAAUAUUUGCAAAAUUGCCAAAAGUUUUACUAUGUAUAUUGAAAUUACUAUAAUCGUAACACGCAUGUGACUAGCAGGUAGAAAACCUCGACGCAUAAGGAUGCAAACCUUCAACACGCGCAAAGAAUGAGCAGAAAAUAAACUAACGGUCGGUAGCUGCCUACCAGUUUCUACGUUGAUCGGAAAACUAUUUGAUGAAAGAAA